AUGUUUCCAUAUUUUGUCCUAAUAUGUAUAUUCCUAUAUUUUAAACAUGAAUCACUUGCUGGUUCUCCUGAAAAUCAAAUAAAAAAUGAAAACAAAAUAUUGGCAAUAAAUGAAAACCAAAUAUUGCCAAUAAAUGAAAACAAAAUAUUGGCAAUAAAUGAUAACCAAAUAUUGCCAAUAAAUGAAAACAAAAUAUUGGCAAUAAAUGAUAACCCUGUAAAGGAAUCUAGCAAUGAAAUAAUUGCAUUUUGCCAAAAUGAAUAUAAAAUAAAAAAUAAAUAUAAUCGAAAUGGUCAUGAAAAUGCAAGUUAUUUUGAGAAAAUGCUAAAGGAAUUAUGUAAUAAAUAUAAAUUAAAAAUAAAAAAUGAAUCAAAAAAAUUAGUAAAAAAAAUAGUAAACAACUUAGUAAAAAAACUAUUUAUUAUAAAAUCAUCUAUAUCUGAUUUAUUAAAAAAAAAUUCAAAUGGUGACCGUUAUUAUUUAGAAGAUGAUCCAGAAAUUAUUCCAUACCCUGAGGAGAUCGAAUCAGAAAUUGAUGCACUAAAAGACAAUAAUAGAGAAGAUAAUCGAAAGGAUGCAAUUGACUUAUUUUUUAGAAAAAAAAAUAACAAAAUUGCAAACUAUUUGAAAGAUAAUGCAGAUGACAAAGACGAUUCUUAUUCCUAUCUCGAUGACAAUGAAUAUGAUGGUUAUUAUAAGGAACCAUUCCCUACUUCUCCUAAAAAUAAAAUAAAAAAUCAAUAUAAUCAAAAUGGUCAUAAAAAUGUAAGUUAUUUUGAGAAAAUGCUAAAGGAAUUAUGUAAUAAAUAUAAAUUAAAAAUAAAAAGAAAAUCAAAAAAAUUAUUAAACAAAUUAUUAAACAAAUUAGCAAAAAAAUUAGCAAAAAAACUAUUUAUUAUAAAAUCAGCUAUAUCGGAUUUAUUAAAAAAAAAUUCAAAUGGUGAACGUUAUUAUUUAGAAGAUGACCCAGAAGUUAUUCCAUAUUCUAAGGAACUCGAAUCAGAAAUUGAUGCACUAAAAGACAAUAAUAGAGAAAAUAAUAUAGAUAAUCAAAAUGAUGUAAUUGACUUAUUUUUUAGAAAAAAAAAUAACCAAAUUGCAAACUAUUUGAAAGAUAAUGCAGAUGACAAAGACGAUUCCUAUCCAUAUCCCUAUCCCUAUCCCUAUCUCUAUGAUGAUGAUAAAUAUGUCAAGGGAGAUGGACAUGAAGAUGAUGAUAAAUAUGUCAAGGGAGAUGGACUUGAAGAUAGUAACAAAUAUCCCAACAGAUAUGAUGAUGAAUAUGAUGAUGAAGAUGAUUAUGAAUAUCUCAAUGAGGAUGAAGAUGAUGAAUAUCUCAAUAAUUACGAAUAUGAUGAUGAUGAAUAUAUCAAUGAGGAUGAAGAUGAUGAUGCGGAUGAAGAUGAUCAUAAAUAUGAUUAUAAGAUGAUAAACAAAAAUAAAGGAGAUUCCCCUGUAUCAUUUUAUGUUGAAAGAGAUCCCAUAGUUGAACCACCAUCCAAACUACCAAAAAUUAAGGAUAAACCUUCAUAUAUAAAAAAUGAGAAAAUAAAAAAAAAGACAAGUGUAUUAGUAGAUAAAAGUAAGGAUGUGGAUUCAAUUAAUCAUGAUUAUGAACUAGAUAAAUCGACCAAAAUAUCCAAUACUAAUGAACUAGAUGUAGAAUUAAAAGAUGAACUAGAUGUAAAAUUAAAAGAUGAAAUCGAUGUAGAAUUAAAAGAUGAAAUAGAUGUAACAUUAAGAGAUGAAGUAUAUGAUGAAACUGAACGACUUUUAUUCGAAAGGAUAAUAAACCAAGAAUCACCAACAGAUAAACAUAAUAUUGUGGAAAAAAUAUUAAAUAAAAUAGAAAACAUUGCAUAUCAUAUAAUAGGAUGUCACUAUAUUUUAUCUGUAGCAUCAAUAUUAAUAAUCCUUACACUUUUGGGUGGUUAG